GAAAGGUUCGGAGAGCCAAGGGCAUCCUUGUCUUCCGCGUAUGCCGCGGCCGGCGCGGCAUGGCGUACGCAUCCCACAUGAAUUACUCGCCCAUGCAGGUCAAGUCCACAGCUUUAGUGGAUGACCUGGGCAGGGAGGUCGCCCGGAAGGAUAAAUUCGGGUGCCACCGCCUUCCAACUUUCCAGCGGGUGAAGCCCAACAAGCGCGCGGUCUCGGAGCUCUUCAAGGAUGCCAAGCGGAAAGAGGAGAUGGUUGGCAAGGCUGACCCCAUCCAUGGCAACAUCUACACCUACUGGGCGUUCCAUGAGGUUUUGCAGCAGCACGGGCUGAUCGAUCCUCAGGCCUCCAAGAGCAAAGUGCUGCAGGUGGGCCUCCUGUUCGUCAUGAUCGUUCAAGUCCUGGGACCGCCGGCGAUCCUGAUUUGGAGCAUUUAUGCGAUCAACUGGUCGCAGGCCAAAAUUGGCCUGGGCUCCUGGCAAUACCAAUACGGAAGUUACACCCACGGCAUCUCCAACUUCGCUGGACAAAUCCUAGGUACUUUGUUCCUCUUCGUUUUCAUUUUGAACGGUAUCUAUGUGAUCCGCGAUGACAAGAAGAAGUCUGAGAAAAUUUGGUAUGUGGUGAAAGUGCUGGAUGGUCCCGAUGGCCGGAAUCGCCGAAACACCGUGAACAAGUUCUGGCUGCGCGCCGGGGCGAUCAUCAACAGCUGGUGUGUGGUGAUUUCCGCCAUCUGUAUGGCGCCCUGCUUCAUCCUCUCGAAGAGCCCAAAGGACAUCAUUUUCGACGCCUUUGCGCUGCUCUUCCUCUUCAGACUGGAUGAUGUGAAUGGUGACCUGGGCUUUCUGGAAGAACAGUGGGAUUCAGAUCUCUUUGGUUCCUUCUACGAGCAUAUUCGAGAUACCGAAGAAAUCCGGAAGGCCGAAAGCGGGGAGAACGACGAUUACGCAGGUGUCGGAUCCAGUGGAUGCAGCGAUGACGACGAGCUCAAUGAGCUCUUUUCGGACUGGCACUGUAGCGUCUACUACGUCGCCCGUCAGUUCCUUAUGGUCCUUCUGGUCCUGGUGCCUCUCUUCUACAUCUGUGUGGAGGGGGCAGUGCCGAGACAUAUCUUGAACAGACCCGACGAGCAUAACGCCAGCUGGAGCGCCAUGGUCAGCAAGUUGGAGGCCUCUUGGAUGUUGGGAAGCCCAGCUCACAGUUUUCCAGACCCCAUGAGACGUGGCCGGUGCACGCCUUUGCGUUGUGACAACGCCUGUGACUGUAGAGGGAGACCCGCCUAUGGACCUGGCGCAGUGGCAACUUCAUGCCCUCAGUUCCUUGGGCUUGGUCCCCCAUUAAGUGGCCAAGUAUCCCGCGCCAAGGGGGGCACUUCUAGCACAGUCCAGUCCGUGAUCAAUACGGGCCGGGUGUGGCAUUGUCUACCUUCUUCCUUGGCCCGGGGAUGCUAGGCCCCUUGAAGCUAAUGCAGGCGGCUUCGGCUGCGCGCUACUUAGAUCUCCGCCGAUGGCGAAUGGC